CCUCCGCUUGGGUAGCCUAAGGCCACCGGUCGGUGGAGGACCCUGAGUGGGCUAUGGCGUCGGGAGGUCCGCGGGUGUUGGUGGUGGGCGGCGGCAUCGCGGGGCUGGGCGCUGCACAGAGACUCUGCCGCCACCCUGCUGCUCCACACCUGCGGGUCCUGGAGGCCACCGCCGGCGCCGGGGGCCGCAUCCGCUCGGAACGCUGCUUCGGUGGUGUAGUGGAGCUGGGGGCACACUGGAUCCAUGGGCCCUCCCAGGGAAAUCCUGUUUUCCAGCUGGCUGCGGAGUUCGGGCUCCUGGGGGAGAAAGAAUUAUCAGAGGAGAACCAGCUGGUGGAGACCGGAGGGCACGUGGCCCUGCCCUCCAUGAGCUGUACCAGCUCAGGAGCAUCUGUGAGCCUGGAGCUGGUGACAGAGAUGGCCAGUCUGUUCUAUGGACUGAUAGACCAAACCCGAGAGUUCCUGAAUGCACCCGAGCCCCCGAUGGCCAGUGUUGGAGAGUUUCUCAAGAAGGAGCUAAGGCAGCAGGUGGCUAGCUGGACUGAGGAUGAGGACACUAAGAAGCUCAAGCUGGCUAUCCUGAACACCUUCUUCAACAUAGAGUGUUGCGUGAGCGGCACCCACAGCAUGGACCUGGUGGCCCUUGCACCGUUUGGGGAGUAUACAGUGCUGCCAGGACUGGAUUGCACCUUGGCUGGUGGUUACCAAGGACUUACCAACGGCAUACUGGCUUCCUUGCCUAAGGAUUCGAUGGUUUUUAACAAGCCGGUGAAGACCAUUCACUGGAAUGGGUCCUUCCAGGAAGCUGCUUUUCCAGGGGAGAUCUUCCCUGUGUUGGUGGAGUGUGAAGAUGGUACCCGUCUGCCCGCCCAUCAUGUUAUCGUCACCGUGCCCUUAGGUUUUCUCAAAGAACAUCAAGAUACCUUCUUUGAGCCACCACUGCCUGACAAGAAGGCAGAAGCCAUCAGAAAAAUAGGCUUUGGUACCAACAACAAAAUCUUUUUGGAGUUUGAGGAGCCCUUCUGGGAGCCCGACUGCCAGUUCAUCCAGGUGGUGUGGGAGGACACAUCACCCCUCCAGGACACAGCCCUCUCUCUCCAAGACACCUGGUUCAAGAAGCUCAUUGGCUUUUUGGUUCUACCUCCUUUUGAGUCUUCACACGUGCUCUGUGGGUUUAUUGCUGGGCUCGAGUCGGAGUUUAUGGAGACUCUUUCAGAUGAAGAAAUGCUUCUGUCCCUAACCCAAGUACUCCGGAGAGUGACAGGAAACCCACAAUUGCCAGCUGCCAAGAGCGUGCUGAGAUCUCGUUGGCACAGUGCCCCAUACACCCGAGGUUCCUAUAGCUAUGUGGCCGUUGGCAGCACUGGCGAUGACCUAGAUCUGCUGGCUCAGCCCCUCCCUGCUGAUGGAACUGGUACCCAGCUCCAGGUACUCUUCGCUGGGGAAGCCACCCAUCGGACAUUUUAUUCCACCACACAUGGGGCCCUCCUGUCCGGCUGGAGGGAAGCCGAUCGCCUCCUUGGUCUGUGGGACUCACAGGUGCAACAGCCCCGGCCCAGGCUGUGAGUGUCUGCUGCUCUGCUCUAUCAGGCGGGCUGACAAAACUCCCCUGUCUGUUGGAUACAUGAUUUUCAGUUUGGCUUUUGAGGUUUUGGGAUCUUACUGGUAGCUUUAACUUUGGGAAAGUGGUCUCGUUUUUCCUAUCUGUUGUUGGAGUCUGGGUUGGUCUGAUCAUGGAUGCCUCACUGUGUUGUUGCGCACAUAAAGCAGCUAAUACUGUAACCCCUGUGUCUAGAGUCCUCCUCAUCCUGCAUCCAGUUCUCAUCCAUCCCCAGCUCACGGCUUUUCCCUCUGGGUUCUUUGGGCCUUAGGGUCUGGGGUUACCCUCUGUACUGUUUUUGAAGGCGUUCCCACUGCUGUUGUUCAGGACCACAGUAUGGCUAAUGAACCUCCCUUUGAUCAUUAAUGGAUCCAUGUCAGGUACUCUAGAGGGGUGGGUGGGCUGGAUGAAUGUGCAGAACUGAGAAGACUGGGUGGGGCAGGGUGAGGUAUCUUAUCCUGGCCUGGCUUGGGAAUUUUUGGAGGUGAAAAAAAAAAAAAGGUUUAAAGAUUAUUGAGGGAGCAGGUUGGCCAAACUCGGGGAAGGUACUGGGGACACAGAAUAUGGAGAUACGGUUAGGAAGGGUGUUAGGGAGUCAGGAGUAUUGGGGUAGAUAUGGGGAGUGUCUUGGGGAGCUAGGCAAUGUCGGCUAAGACUCUUGGACACUUUGUAGCCUGUCUCAGUGCAUCCUCCCAGCAGCUCCAAAGCACAGGUCCGUUGCUCCUCCUUACAGAGAAGACAGAACACUUAGACUUAUUAACUCCCCAGGCUGCAUCUGCCCCCAAGAGCUUGCACACCUCUGCAUGAUGGAGCUGGCGAGGCUGGUGCAGCCACUGGGAUAGUGCUCCAGAGGGAGCUAUAGGAGCUUUCGGAGACUCUUGCCCCUCCCUUGCACAGCAUGGCACUGUCACUGGCCCCAGGCUCCAGAAGGGCUGAGUGCAACCCCUCUUGGCUGCAUCAGUCAGGCUUCCAUUUCCAAAACAGCUCCUGGCUUGCCUGUCUGUGCACAGUCCAGUCCAGCUCUCUGCUGGGCACCUAGUCCUUCAGAUCUCCAAGGCCUGCCGUUCCUCCCUCGUUCCAGUCUGUCAGGAAGCAUGUCACAUCAUCAGGAACGCUUCCUGCUUUCUGUCACCGGACUAUCCUUCAUGGGAUACCACGGAAAAAAGCCAGACUCCAGUAAUUUUUUUUUUCAAGGGCAAAGGUCUUUACUGUUGACCCUCAGGGAGGCAUUUCAGUUUUCAGAGACAAACUCAGGUGACUUUGUGGGAGAAACAGGCUUGCCAAGAAGAGAGGCCAGGGGAUGGAGCUCCGCCAUGGUGGAGAAUUGGCCUGACAUGCCUAGAGCUUUAAAUUUAGAAUGUGGACACAGUUUCCCCCUCUUUUUCUUUUGAUACAUUUUACUUGGUAGUCCAGGCUGGCCUUGAACUUUCUAUUCUGCCCCAAUCUCAUAAGUGCUGGAGUUACAGAGGUGUGUGUGUGUGUGGUUGGGAGGUGGAGGGGUACCGGGGAUUAAACCCAAGGCUUCCUGCAUUCUCAGCAACCUUUAUAACAUCGUUACAUGUCAGCCCUUUUAUUUUGAGAUAGGGCCUCUUUUAGGGUUGCACCCUCCAUCAUUAGCUGGUAUCGCCGGCCUCUUCCACUAGGAGCAGCUACAUUGACAUUUAGUCUUUUUUUUUUUUUUUUUUAAGAUUUUUAUUUUUAUGUAUACAGGGUUCUUCCUGCAUGUAUCCUACCUACAGUACAGAAGAGGGCACCAGAUCUUAUUACAGAUGGUUGUGAGCCACCAUGUGGUUGCUGGGAAUUGAACUCAGGACCUCUGGAAGAGUAGCCAGUGUUCUUUACCUCUGAGCCAUCUCUCCAGCCGCCUGACAUUUAGUCUUGCAUUCAUGAAGAACGCUUCACUUCCGUUGUAUUAAUAGGGCUGUAGUCAGUACUUAAACAGUUAAACUUGAAAAUGAAGGCAUUACAGACAGAAAGUAAAACACUUGAAAGUUCUAAGGAAAGCCCAAGAACUGAUAGGGACAACUAAAUUUCAUUACAUUGAUUUAUAUGAGGGAAAAAUAAGACUUUAUUUUUAGACAGGGUCUUGUGUAGCCCAGGCUGACCUUGAACUCAUGACCUCUGACUUCCAUCCGGGCUAGUCAUACCUGGCUGAGACUUCUAAUUUCAAGUUUUCUUUUUAGUGUUUGUAAGGACAUGCUCCAAAGUGAGAUAUUGUUUCAAAGGAAAAAGGAAAAAAGAAAAAAUGUGUCCAGAUUUUAAGUUUAAAUUCCUAGGCUUCUCAGGCCAGUUUCCCACUGCAGAGGAACCCAUCCCUACUGUCAGCAGCUCAAAUCCUCCUGCCUUUUCAAAAACCUAGAGUUUUGGGCAUGCUAGGCAAGCUGUCAUCCUCCAUGCUAUAUCCUCAAGCCUGAAACAUUUGGACUGUAGUGCAAAGUCUCCAGAUUGGGGCCGAAGUGAUGGCUUGGAGGUUAAAAAUGCUUGCUGCUAUUACAGAGGGCUGAAGUUCGGUUCCCAGCACCCAGUCAAAGGACUCAACACCACCUCUUUCAAGGUCCAGAGGACCCACUGUCCACUGUCUUGUCUCCUGGCCUCUGGGGUUACCUGCAUAUGUGUGGUAUACACAGACACUUCAAAUAUAAAGAAAUAAAAUUCAGUCUUGUUGUUUUUCCGGUCUCACUACAUAGCUUUGGCUGACCUGGAAUCCACUAUGUAGAGCAGGAUGGUCUUAAGCCCCCUGCCUGCCUCUUCCUCUCUCGUGCCGGGAUAAAAGAUGUACGCCACCACAAAUGAUAUAAAAACAAGUACUACAAAAACGCAAUAAGGUCUCUUAAUAAAAAA